GCUCUUAACGCACAUCCGGCCUCUGCACAGACGCCACUUCCGGUGGGGGUGAGAUGGUUAUCUGAGGCUCUGAGACCGACUUUACGAUGCCAGUCACUGUGGGACCGUAUGGGCAGUCACAGCCCAGCUGCUUUGACAGGGUUAAAAUGGGCUUCAUGAUGGGCUGUGCAGUUGGCAUGGCAGCUGGUGCACUUUUUGGCAGUUUCUCAUGCCUCAGGUUGGGACUGAGAGGCCGAGAGCUGUUGGGUGGUGUCGGGAAGACCAUGAUGCAGAGUGGAGGCACCUUUGGAACCUUCAUGGCAAUUGGAAUGGGAAUCAGAUGUUAACAAAAUUGUUUUUUUUCCUUUCUGCUGAAAUUUCAAAUAUUGCAGAUAAUGUAUCAACUGGCUCUGCCCCCUGAUUACAAGCUGUAUAAUAAUGGAAAUUAAAGUGUAUGAUUUACUGUUGCUUCAAGUUUUGGAAAUGGACUGAGGUAUUUCUCCAGCAGUAGAUGAACUUUUAAAAAGGUCACUAACAGUAGCAAAGAGGGUGACAAAAAUACCACAAACAGGACCAGAGGUCAAUAGCAAAAUACAAAUGAAAUAUAUCUGGGAGGGGAAGCUUUUGCUGCAUGAUAUUUGAUGAAGAUAGAACAGGCUUUAGGAGAACAUGAAAAAACAAAGUAUAAAUGGUGGAGAACUCGAGUCAGUCCUGCAGCAUCUGCAGAGACAGAAACAUAGUCUCGUAGUUAUAACUCUGGUUCUGAUGCUGCCAGACUUCUUAAGUUCUUCCAGCAUCCACACAUCAUUUUGUUUCUUAUAUGUGUCCAUCCACUUUGGGCAGUCUGCCACCAUCCUCCUAAAAUAAAAAUGUGUGAAGCAGUGCAUUUUAAUGGGAACGUUAGAGGCAGUCCAAAAUAAAUGGCAUGGACAGAAAUCUUUGGAUCUGGGAGGAAAAGUUGAGAAUACUGUUUUAAAAAUGCAUCAAAUCUUUGGCUUUAUAAAAGAAAAACAAACAAAAGCAGGGGAGUUAUGAUGACGCUUUAGAAAAGGUGCUUCGGCCAUAUCUGAUUCAAGGCAUUCAAUUCUGUGCAACAUCACAACCUCAUUGUGUGCACAUGGGGGAAAUUUACAGCUGGGUUCCUGUCUUUGGAACAAGGAUGAUGAUGAUGAUAAUAAUAAUAAUAGUGUUUCACAACAAAGGAAUUUGAUCAAGUAACUAAGAAACCUUGCAGCAGUAGGAAGGUUGAUGACAAACUGGGUUGUGAUCUAAAAUAUGCUGUUUGACAGAACAGUGAAAACCGAUUCAAAAAGGAAUAUGGGGAACUGGUACUGGCUUAAAGUUUUUCUCUGCCGUAUGAUUCUCAGGAAAUCGGACUUGUACCAGUUCCACUUCUGUUUUAAUAACCUAUUAAAUGUUGAUUCUAUGUUGCACCCAA